UCAAAUGAAGCAUUGAAGGGUCAAUCUUGCUGCUAUUUUGCCUUCUUCUUUCUUUUUUCUUUAUCAAGGCAUCAUUGCUAUCAGGAAGAAGAAAUGGCUUAUGCUGCUUUGACCUCUGCUGUAUGCUCGCUCGAGUUGUUCAGGCAGUGCAAUCAUCCAUUACUGAAUAAUCUUCAGAGGAAAGAGCAAAUCUCAUCACUGAGCAAAAGAAUUAUUGCUUUUCAAGAGUUUUUGACGGAUUAUGAAACGAUAAAGCAUAGGAAUGAAAGGCUGAAAAUGUUGGAAGGAAAGAUCAAAGUGAAAACAUAUCAAGUUGAAGAUAUUGUUGACUCAAAGCUGAGAAAAUAUUUUCUGGCCAAAAAUGCAAAUUACCGAAGAAAGGCCUUCGAAGUCCUAUGUAAGAGGCUGCAGGUAGCAAUUGAAGAAAUGGAGUUCAUCAAAAAAGAAGUGAUGAAAAUUAAGGGUGAAAAGAUUAGUACUUUGAAGUUUCGUUCUAAGGUUUCACCGGCUAGGCAUGUAUCGACAAGUAGUCCAAAUGUGCAACAAAAACCAGUUGGUUUCCAGGAUGACUUGGAGAAAAUAAUUGAUAGGCUCAACGGUAGGCCUUCUGAACUAGAUAUCAUUACUAUAGUCGGAAUGGCUGGUAUUGGUAAAACAACUCUUGCGAAGAGAGCAUAUAAUGAUCCUUCUGUUGUUAAUCGGUUUGAUGUUCGUGCUUGGAUAACUGUUUCUCAAGAGUAUAAAGAAACAGACAUUUUAUUUGGUCUCUUUUAUUCUGUUGUUCGUCCAACCAAUGAAAUCAAUCAAGAGAGUGACAAACAAGCUGCUGAUCAACUGCAUGGUGGACAAAUGACUCAUUCUUCGAAAGAAAUGUAUGAAAGAAGAAACCAAGAAACUGCGGAUCGAGUGAAAAAAAGUUUAAAAUAUAAGAGAUUUCUUAUUGUUGUCGAUGACAUGUGGAAAACUGAUGCUUGGGACAAUGUGAGCAUGUUGUUUCCUGAUGAUAAUCAGGGAAGUCGUAUCAUACUAACGAGUAGGCUCAUUGAUGUAGCAACUUAUGCUAAUCCUGAUCGGCAACCUCACCGACUGAAUUUUCUAAGCAAUGACGAAGGUUGGGAGCUACUCCAUCAGAAACUUUUCGGGAAAAAAGGAUGUCCAUUUGAAUUGGAAGAAAUCGGAAGAAGUAUUGCAGAAAAAUGCCAAGGACUACCUCUAGCAAUUGUUGUGGUUGCAGGGCAUCUCUCGAAAAUGAGCAAGACUACUGAUUGCUGGAACACUAUUGCAGAGAGUGUGGGUUCCGUUGUGAAUCGUGAGCCGGGGCAGUGUUUAGACAUACUUGCUCUAAGUUAUAACUACCUGCCUCAACAUCUAAAAGCCUGCUUCUUGUACAUGGGAGCAUUUCCUGAAGAUUUUGAGAUUCCUGUGUGGAAGCUGAUCAGGUUGUGGGUUGCUGAGGGCUUUCUUAAUGCAACAGGGCUUACGACCAUGGAAGAGAUAGCAGAGGAGUGCUUGGAGGAUCUUAUUGAUAGAAGUUUGGUUUUAGCAGUAAAGCGGUCUAACGGAAAACUCAAAACAUGUAAACUCCAUGAUAUCAUGCGAGACUUUUGCUUAGAAGAAGCUAAAAGACAAAACUUUCUACAUUUCUUGAAGAAGCAAUCCCUUGAUGUUCUAUCAGAAGGCAUAACAGCUCUGCGUCGGGUUAGUUUCAAUUGUAGCACCAUCUUCUCCAGUUACUCAUUUCACCCCACUGAUCCUAUUGUUUCAUUUUCUCGUUCCAUCUUGGGAUUCGAUAUUUCUCAAAGUUCAAUCUUUUCAUACAUAGACUUCAAAUUGCUCAGAGUUCUUGAUAUCACUUCCCAACAUUUCCCACAGUUCCCUAGUGAGAUAACGCAACUUGUUAAUUUGCGUUACCUUGCAUUGGCUAGUAGUGAAUUCCCUCCAGCUGUAUCACAGUUUUGGAGUUUGCAGACUUUAAUCCUUCAUGUGUAUUCAAGAGACUCAACUUUGCCUCGGGAGAUUUGGAAGAUGCCAAACCUCAGACAUCUCCAUAUUAAACCAAGCAUCUGUUUGCCAAGCCAAACCAAUGAAGAACGUAGCGGACACAAUUCUUUGGUCUUGAAUAACCUACAAACACUUACCAACAUUACCCUUGCAGAUUGUACAACAGAUGUCUUCUCAAGCACUCCUAAGUUGAAGAAAUUGGGAAUAUGUGAAACGGUCGAGUAUACUUAUCCAGUCCAGAUUCCGUGGAGUGAUUUUCUUUACACGUCUGAAAAUCUGUGGCCUUAUUGUAGUGAUACAAUAUCAGACUUGUGGUCAGAUUGCCUUAGAAAUCUCGCUCUCCUGCCUCAACUCAAAGCAUUAAAGAUUGUUGGGUUGACACCACCUGUACAAGUACCAAAAUUAGCACUUCAUCUCGAUGCACUUCCAGAGAAUCUUAAGAAGUUAACUUUGAGCUUCACCUACUUGCCAUGGGAGAGUAUGGCCUCUCUUUGUAGAUUACCGAAUCUCGAGGUACUCAAACUAAAGAAUUAUGCCUUCACAGGUCCAAAGUGGGAACAAGUUGAAGAGGGGUUCGGUUCUUUAAAACUGUUGCUGAUUGAGAUAUCUGAUAUAAAACACUGGAGUGCCUCAAAUGAUCAUUUUCCUGUCCUGGAACAUCUAGUUCUUAAGAGUUGUCUUCACUUGGACAGCAUCCCUCACGAUCUGGGAGAUAUUCCGACUUUGCAGAUAAUUGAGCUGGAAAAUUCAAGCCAAUCUGCAGUGCUUUCAGCUAAAGAGAUCCAAGAGGAGCAGCAAAGUAUGGGUAACGAAACUCUAGAAGUGCGAAUGGAGAGAAAUUUCGGGAGAAUAAAUGCUGUUGCAACUUCUUAGUCCACCAGGUAGGAUGAAUAAACCAAGACGAGUAGACGACAGGCAACUCAUGUCAAAAGUAGACGGGUUCUCAGUGUAGAAGUCGGAGUACCAUACCUGAAAUCUAGUCUUUGCAGAUUGCUUAUACAUUAUAUCAGUCUAAGUUGCUAUCAGAUCAAGAAGUUCCAUUGUUGAUUAGACAUUGUAUUCACAUCAAUUCAUCCAGAAGUUCAUGUAUAUCGUUGAUUCAACAAUUUGCAUUUUAUUGUUGUUAUAACAAUGUGUUGAGUAGAAAUAGCUCAUCUCUUAAAUGUCGAUGAUACGAUUGUGACAUGUGAUGCUGAGUGAAGCAGUUAAGACAUUUUGAGAUUGAUUCUCACUGUUUUUGAAUUGUUUCAGGGUUGUAUGUUAACAGGAGAAAAAGUCUUAUUUGUUUUA